AUGAGCAGUUCAGAUAGAAUCGAACUUUCGAUUGAUCCAAGUACUUGGAAUCCUAUGGAUGAAGACAUGUUUUCUCUGGAUCCCAUUGAAUGGGGCAAACCUUAUACGGAAGACGAACCUUCUAUGGAAUACAAACCUUCUAACCAAACUUAUACGGAAGGAGAACCUUCUACAGAAGAAAAACCUUCUAACGAACCUUAUAGGGAUGAUGAAAUUUCUACAGAAGACGAACCUUAUAUGGAAGGCGAACCUUAUACAAAAGACGGGCCUUAUACAGAAGACGAUUCUUCUACAGAAGAUGAACCUUAUACAGAUUGUCUUGAUUUUUAUCAAGAAAGUACAGGACUAUUGGAGGCGGUUCAAACAUGA